AAACUCACGUGAUAUGAAUCGGGUACACACUAACUAAUUAAUGUGCACCGGGUUCAUAUUAAUUUUUUUAAUUGAUAAUUACACAAUUGGCUUGCCAAAACUAGAAAAUGUCAUUUUAGAAAGAAAAAAAAAAACCAUUCACUCACUCUGUCACUCAUCCCCCUUUCUCUCUUUCCCCAAAAUCUCCACUUCUUAACCCCCAAAAUAACUUGUCUGCACAAUUCACUAAUUCACUAAAACCCAAAAAAACAAAAACCAAAUGUGGUCUUCAACAACGAAUCCAUCGCUCUCUUCUCCUGCAUCCUCUUUCCGUCGCCCCCAUUUCUGCCAUCCUUCUCUCUCCAUCUCUUUAUCAUCAUCAUUAUCAUCGUUUUCAUCGAACAACCUCAUUCCAACUCUCAGGCUCGUCUCAUUUUGUUGCCAAUCACCCAAUCUUACUACCAAUUUAACUGUUUCUGCCAUGUCCGAUCCCUCCUCUUCUUCUUCUUCUUCCGCCAUUGAUUUUCUCACAUUGUGUCAUCGCCUUAAGACCACAAAAAGGAAAGGAUGGAUUAAUCAUGGGAUAAAAGGUCCCGAAUCAAUUGCUGAUCAUAUGUAUCGAAUGUCAUUGAUGGGUUUGAUUGUUGGGGACAUUCCGGGUGUUAACAGGGAAAGAUGUAUCAAAAUAGCAAUUGUUCAUGAUAUUGCUGAAGCUAUUGUUGGAGAUAUAACACCCUCUGAUGGCAUACCUAAAGAAGAAAAGAGCAGAAGAGAGCAGGCUGCAUUGAAUGAAAUGUGUGAAGUUCUUGGUGGUGGGAUGAGAGCUGAUGAGAUUAAAGAACUGUGGGCUGAGUAUGAGAAUAAUUCUUCUUUGGAAGCUAAUCUGGUUAAGGAUUUUGAUAAAGUUGAAAUGAUUCUUCAGGCGUUAGAGUAUGAAACUGAGCAUGGAAUGGUUCUUGAUGAGUUUUUCUUGUCAACAGCUGGAAAGUUUCAGACUGAAAUAGGAAAAAGCUGGGCUGCUGAAGUUAUAUCUAGAAGGAAGUCCACCUUGGCUAGUAAAGGAAAUUAAGUAGCAAUCUAACCAAAGUCUUAAUCUAUCUGGAGGGGCUGAUGGCUACUCAAAUCUGGAGUAGCUUUCUUGUGUUAUGGUCAUCCAGCAACUAGAUGGAUUUCCACAGUUGCUCGUAAAUCUGUAGACCGCAAAAGCUAACAAUGUAACGAGGCAAUUGUAGUCUGUAUGCAGAUCGAGGCAAAUAGAAUUUUAGCCCCAGAGGUACACCUGAUUUUACCGAAAUGUUUUUGGCACACAUGUUUCAUGCUGCCUUGAUGACUAGCAUAAUAAAUCGACCUACUUGCUCCA